AUGUCACCCUCACGCAGUCUACAUCAGGCAGUAGGCCGGGCACGGGACUGGGCUCGGGUGGCAAGGCUGCAGACGUGCUUGUGUCAGUUCCUGUGUGGUGUGGACCCUCCUGUGCUCCGCCUGCAGAAGACUGACAGAGGGGAUGUGUUGGUGUCUGUGGUUGACACUUCCCCGCCACCCUCCCCUGCUGCUGCCAAGGGUUCCUUCAGUGGAUCUGACGUGGAGGUGGAGGAGUCCCUGAGUGAGAGUGAGACGUCAGAAUGUGGAGAGGAGGAGCAGGAGUUGGAGGGAGGGAUGGAGGAAGAUGGUCUCUCCUCCACUGUCAAGCUGCUGAAGAGGAGGAAGAAGAUGCUUGAGAGGAAACAUCGUCAGCAGAAACGAUUACAUAGUCUCCUGGAGGGCUCGGUCACGCUAGAGAUGGAGGUCCGUCCCCGAUACCUUGUGCCGGACACCAACUGCUUCAUCGAACACCUUGAUGUGGUGCAGGACCUGGCCGUCGGUCCCUACACAGUAAUGGUCCCUCUUGUCGUACUGAACGAGCUCGAUGGACUGUCCCGAGACGCUGUGGUUGCCAAGUACCGGUCUGUAGGGCACGCCGUGAGGGUGAGGGAGGGCGCCGCCACAGCUCUGCACUACCUGAGAACAUCGCGGCCGCAGUCGAUCAAGUGUGUCACCUCGCAGGGCUCCGUGCUCUCCUCCACGCUCUUCACCUCCGAGAUGGACCUACCCGACGCCACUAACGACGACAAAAUCCUCUCUUGCUGCGUCCACUUCUGCAGUGACUCCACCCAGAGGCGCCCCAUCCGAGCGGGCGUGCGACGGCUGUACCGGGAAGUUGUACUGCUGACGGAGGACCGCAACCUGAGGGUGAAGGCUCACGCGCGGGACGUGCCCGUCAGGGACCUGCUGGACUUCGCGCGGUGGGCAGGUCUUCUUGAAGGAGAAGGAAUUAACACGGAUCAGUACAGUGUUUGUUUGAUAGGAGGCCAGUGCCAGGGUGGCCCUACUGACGAAAAGGCGUCCUUCGGCGUGGCGCUCAGCGAGUCUGCGCCCAGCACUCACCCAAUGUCGUGUGCGCUGUUGCAAGUCGGAUGA